AUGAGUAAACACGUUUUGAUUCAGAUGGUUUCGAUCAAGGUUAUUCGCAAUAAGCAUACUGGUUUAUCUGAAGGCUAUGGCUUUGUGGAGUUUCUUUCGCACGAUAUGGCUGAUAAAGUUUUGAAGAAGUUUAAUGGAACAUAUAUGCCGAAUACAGAUAUGCCUUUCCGUUUAAAUUGGGCCACCGGCGAGGAGAAUGAUCACGAGCUCUCUAUUUUUGUGGGGGGUUUGGCGCCAGAUGUCUCUGAUUCUCUAUUGUACAACACCUUCUUAGAGAUCUAUCCUUCGGUUAAAGCUGCAACAGUUGUCAUAGAUGCAUAUACUGGUAUAUCAAAGGGUUUCGGUUUUGUGAGGUUUGGAGAUGUAAACGAGAGGAUCAAAGCAGUGACGGAAAUGCAUGGCGUAAAAUGUUCUAAUAGAGCUAUGCUAAUUGGUCCUGCAACACCUAGGGAGACAAGAAGUUUUCGACAACAAGGUUUUUUUUUUCCGACUUUUCAGUCUUUUUAUUUAUAUAUAGUUGUAGUUCUGUGUUCAGUUUAUUCCUAGGAAGGCAACUGGAUAUAUCAUAUUAAAAUUAACUGAAACUAAUAUGUUGGAUAUGGCAGGAAUGUACAUGAAAAAUGAUGCAAUAAGUUAUCCUGCUAGGGAUGCAACAGUAAUUUAUUAUUUUCUUUUGUGUUUUUUCUCCCUCUCAUAUGAAUAUUAUAGAUAAGUUUAAUUUUUUUGUUUGUUUGUUUCCCAUUAAUAUAUAAUAUAGAUAUUUGUCGGAGGACUUGACUCUAGUGUCACUAGCGAAGAUCUAAAGCAACCUUUCUCUGCAUAUGGGGAAAUAGUCUCUGUCAAUAUUCCUCUUGGCAAAGAAUGUGGAUUUGUUCAAUUUGUUAAUAGGUAAAAUAUUAUACCUUAACUAAGAUAGUAAACCAUGAUUUAAGUAAUUAUAUAGAUGUUUCUUUGUCACCAUCUCGCUGUUGUUAUAUUUGAUCAUUUGCUUGCAGACAAAAUGCAGAGGAGGCUUUGAAGAAACUAAAUGGGACUGUAAUUCGAAACCGUAGAGUUCGGCUUGCUUGGGGACAAAAUAAGCUGGUAAAUACAAAAUGUUCUCUGUUCUAUUAUAAAGAGUUUACUUAUGUUAGUACACUUAUGUGAUCCCAAUAUGAGAUGAACUUUGUUUUCCAGUUUAAAUCAUCCAUGUGACACUGAUAAUACAUUAUAGGUUGUGUAUUUGUUUUUUUGUUUUGUUUUGAAAGCUCGGACUCUUUAUGUAUUAACUAAAAAUGAAAUAAAACUUACUUUUUAAUAUAACUAAAAGUGUUUUUCUGGCAGUAAGGUUUCAAUAAAGCUAUAAAUCCUCUUUGAUUUUAAUGGUUAUAUAUUGUGUUUCAGCCUAGAUAUAACUAUGGAAACCAAUGGUUUGGGGCAUACUUUGGAGGACAGCAUUACAAUGGGUAUGGAUACAUGGUACCACAACCUCAUGACCCGAGAAUGUAUGCAGUUGCACCUUAUGGAGGGUAUCCAGUGUAUAGUGAUCCCCAGCAACAAGUUAGCCGAGGAAAUUGACCUGAGUACAUGCAGACAGACAAAACUCACUCAACUAUAGGUGAUGACCAGAAGGGAAAGAAAUAAAAAAGUGUCUGACAUUUUGUCUAUCCUUAGAAUUUAUGGUUUAUCUUGUAGUGGGAAAAUGAGUUUUGGGAAAACUGUAACAAUAAUUUAAGAGAGACAUGGAUUUGGUUUGUUGAUUUGGUGUUUUCUUGAUGCUCUUUUUACUAUGGAACUUGUUAAACAUAAGGAUGAAGUGGGUUGCACUAUUUGAUUAUUUUUCCUUUUUUAGUUUCUUUUAUUGAAAAACUAUUUCAUUUAGUUAAUGUCAUGGAUUGAAUUUGAACAAUCAGGUAAAACUUAUUGUUGCUUAUGGAGGAAAUAAUCAACAUCAAAGAUCCAAGGGAAACACAGAACCAUCUUUUUUUUAAGGCAAGUAUGCUGAAGAAGUAUGGAGGGCUCUUGCAUUUAAACUGUUGGGAUCAGAGUACACGCUUCAUGGAAAUCUAUGUUGGAUAUCCACUCUGUUACUUCUUCACUAUACUUUCCAACUAUCUACACUCGAUAUGGACCGAAAGAAAUGGUAGAAAGUAUGGGGAGACACAAAAUACUGCCUCACAAAUGGUACAGUACAUUGACAAGAAUGUAAAGAACAAGGAUACAUGGCGACCUUGUUUGUGGAAGGGGCUUAGGAUAGAAACACUGCUGAUUUCUAUUAGAUUUUAAUAACAAGGUCACAUUUAUAGUAACAAUGUUUUUUGACUGAAAUAAACUUUACAUUCCUUCAAAAAAAACAAUCAACAUCAUAUCUUCUAAUUAUAGUAAUACGAGCUUGGUAUCUUUUAGGGUAUCAAUCCAUUUAUUUAUAUUUAGUUGUAGUUUUGUUUUCAGUUUAUUCCUUGGAAGACAAUAGGAUCUAUCAUGUCAAAGUUAAAUCAAACUAUAUGUCGGAUAUGGCAGGAUUAUACAUGACAAAUGAUGAUGUGUCCUGCUGGGGACUCUAUAUGCAACGGUAAAUAUUAUCGACCAGAAACAGUGCUGGUAGCCUCAGUUCAACCCAUCAUCCAUCUUCUUCAAGUGAUCCAAUGAACGCCAUCCAAGGUCAUAGCAGGGAGAUAAGUCUUCCCAAUGAGGUUCUUGAGGUUGACAAGAAGACCCUUCCUUCCACCUGGGAGCUCAAUGAUCACAGGUUUGCCUAGAGGCAAGUACUUAGUUCUCUCUAGACUAAAUGGUUUCAAUGGCAAGGUUGAGUUUUUCAAUGUGGGUAUAGACUCAAGACUUCAGAGACAUUUGUACUUUUGAAGGCCCAAAAUGUCACAUUGGACCCAACUGAAAGGUGCAACAUUAUGUUUCUCUUGUUCUAAUUUGCAGAAAAUGUUAUAUGUUUUCUUUUAUUUCUCUCUAGGUGUGUUACAACUGCGCUGAUAGCCCGGUAGAUGGAGGAUGGUUUUAAGAACGGUUUGACGCUUGUGCAUCUCUUGAGGAACCAGAGAAUGGGUUUAAAAUGUGGCGUUCAAGUCGAAGCUUCUUUACUAACACUUAGUUUCAGUUUCUUUUUAAAUAUAAGUAACAUCCCGAGUUGUGAUAUAUGGAAAGGCUUAACAUAGUUGAUUUGGCUACCUAUAUCACCAAAGUUGACUUACAUUUUUCAUCACACAUCUGUUUAGACCUCCAGAGUUAAGUGUGUUUGGGCUGGAGUAGUGAAAGGAUGGGUAACCUAUCGGGAAGUGAUUUGCGAUACCGUGCGAGUGAGGCCAAAGCACAUGGAAAGGUUGAGUGGUGAUUGCAGGGUUAGUAAACCAGACUUUCAGGCCUUAGAAAAAUUAAUGCACCGCUCGUCAAAGGGGAUGGGCCCACGAGCCAAGAGAGCGGGCAUGGGUGGCACAUUAGCCGUGGGAGGUAGGAGCGUUAUAAGUGGUAUCAUAGCUGGUUAGCCAUCUCGGUUCUGACCCGAGAGGCGUCUUGAGACCUGACGUGUGGUGCAACAAGGGCGUUGUGUUCUUUAAGAGCAGAUGAAUUGUAACAUCCUGAACUGUGAUAUAUGGAAAGGCUUAAGAUAAUUUAUUUGGCUACUUAUGUCACUGGUAUCAUCAAAUUACCCCAUGGAGUGACUUUUACUCUCUCAAAUAAGAAGUUCAGUUUAUGGAUCAUAUCCACAAGGAGCUAGGGCACACAAUAGAUCCUAAUCAGUUUAUGAUUAAGCUAGGCAAACAGAGUAAAUCAAUAAACAGCAGAGGUAAACAAGGUAGUUGUUCAGUUGAUUUAUUGAUUGGUUGAGGUUGUAAACAGUUAUUAGAAAGUAGAUAGAUCUAGGGUUUCAGGUAAUCAGGAUUAUAAUGAUAUUGAUGCUUAGGUUGUCAAUCCUAGAACUCGAAUUCUAAUGAGAAAGUAUUCCAGCUUCCGCGUACGAAUCCAUCCUAUUAACUAAGUCCAGUAUCUUAGUUGUCACUUGUUGAUACAUAUCAAAUGUCGAUCGAUGCUAUUAGACUAGCGUCGAUCGAUGUUUCCUUAAGCAAACUUUAGCGAGUUGAUCGAUAGUUUUACUAGUCUGAAAUAAAUCAGCUGUCACUUGUUUCUAGCAAUCCUAGUUUAAGGAAAUUAAUUAAGGUAACAGACCAUGCCGUCUUGUGCGCCUAAUUUUCCUAAAUUCGGGGUACUAGUUAGCUACUCUAUAAGACAAGCAUUACAAGCAAUUCCUUGAAGGAUGUCUAUCACCUUAGGAGUUCAAUAUUUUGGCCUAAUCCCUCAUAACCUUACUUAGACCCUAAAUCUAACAAUAGAAAUUACACAGACAUAGCAAAGUAGAACAUAGGAAAUAUCUGAAUAUAAUGCAUAAAUCAGAUAAGGUAGAAAAAUUGUAGUUCCAAUAAAAAGCUUUCAAGGAGUCUUGGAUCUUCUCUCCAAAACUACUAAAACCCUAAAUAUGUUUCCUGUAAAAAUAUGAAAGUAGUGUUGCCCAAAACAAUGGCAGAGCGCAUAAAUAUUAGGUUAAAGUUGGGCAGGGGUAUUUCUGUAAUUGAUGUGGAACUUGGGCUAUAAGUUGGCUGGAAACCAAGUUGGGUCUUCCGCGCUUCGCUGUCGAUCGAUGACAAGAGAUGUUCGCCGAUCGAUGUUUAACUCUGAAUGUCAACUCUGGACUGGUUUGACGGACACCUACAAGUUUCUUCUAGCUUUAUUUCCAAAAUGCUCCAAAAUCACCACAUAUCUCCAAAACACUCUUGAACCUGUAAAUACUCUUAAAAGAUUCCAAAACAUAAUAAAUAGAUUCUAAAACACUCAAUACCAUGGCUAAAAACAGGUAAAAUCCAUGGUAUAUCAACUCCUCCAGGCUUACUGUUUUGCUUGUUCUCAAGGAAAAUAAGAGUAGUCCUAAAGAAAGAGGUUUUGAAAACAGCACGGACUCACAUAAUUUAAAAUCACUACUCUCACUCCUGCAAAUAAGAUAGGUGGAUGUAAAGCAUUACUAACCUUGGAUGAUGCAAUGUAUUACACUCUAGCUUAGUUACCAUUACCAUACAUCACACAAAUCCACUGAUAGAGUCUCACAUAUCCCUCUACUGACCUCAUUUCUGCAUAAAGUAAAAGUUUAGGCUACAUCUUGGGAGUAUCGAUCAGGGACAAAUAGAAUCAACUCAAGCAAGUAUAUGGACCUACACGUAACCCUUUAUGGUUUUCCCUCUCUCUUCUAUCUUCUCUGAAUGUGACUUUUUUUUUAUUAUUAUUAGACAGUAUAUAUAGUAUUACUGCGAAAAGUUGUAGGCGAAUAGUUGGGUCAUUGAUAAUGUAUAUACCCCUCAUUUCCAAUCAAUGUGUGAUCAUUCUAUUAGAGUAGAAUAAUAGGGUCGUGGGAAACAUUCCUACCCUUCUAAACCGCAAGAAAUCAUUUCAAUCUUUUGUAAAUAUGGAUGCCAAAGAGAGGUGGAAAGAGAACCAGGGACACUAAGUCUAAUACCUUCCAGACUUCCAGGAGGACUCCGAUCCAAUGUAUACCAAGCCCCAAAACAAGUAAGUAAAGUAGAUUAAGGUUGGAAGUCAGCUUUGGUUUCUUCAGACAUUCUCAGUAAGUGUGGAUUUGAGUAACACAUGAUACACUGUGGUGUUUCCAUCUAAUACAUCAUGCAGUCAAUAAAUCUAGAUGGUGCUAGAGAGUGGUUAGAGUAGCAACUAAAUUGUAAUAAGAUCAUUAUUCCCUUCUCGACUCAAUAAAACAUAAGUAAAAACACUUUUUUCUAGGACUCAAAAUAAAAUCAAUAUCAGUAAACCUCCCCCCAUACUUAAACAACAAUGUCCCCAAUGGUUAUACAAGGGUCUGUCCAUAAGUCUACUUUGGUACCAUUCACUAUUAGCCACCCGGAGUUCUUUUUUAUAAGGUAUCUCCCGGUAAGAAUACCUCUCCAUCCAUGUGAUUCCGAGCUCUUAUCAUGACAGUUGAGAAAGUUUCCAUCAGGGCUAUACUUACCAAAUAGAAUACGACCUAUCAGAAUUUCCAGGUUAUGAAUCAGUCGCCAUGCUAACUUACCUAAAAAGUACCAUUAAAGCAUUCAAAAUACAGGAAUCCAAGUCCUCUUUUACUCUUCGGCUAUGUUAGCUUAGGCCAUGCUAUCCAACCCUUUUUUCGAGUGAUCGUUCCACCAGAACCUCGUAAUCACUGAUUGAAUAUUCUUAAUCAGGGACUUAGGGAGUUUGAAACAUGUAAUAACAUGAGACGGGAUGGCUGAGAGGACAUUCUUCAGAAUGACUACAUUGCCCGUCGGAGACAGAUAUCGUGUUAACCAGCCACUGGAUUUUUUGUUUAAUCUGAUCCACCAUAGAAGCGAGUAGGUCUCCUUUUCUUAUUCCAAAAUGUUCCGGAAUUCCUAAGUAGUUGUCCACUCCUCUCUCCUUUUCGAUCUGGAAGACCUCUAGUACUUGCAGGCAAAAAUGCUAGUUAUUUAAUCAAAUUAAGAGGUACUAUUUAAAAAGUGUUAGCGUGUAUCCAUAAAUUAUAAGAAACUUCAUUAGAAAAGUGAAUAGCAUUUUAGUAAAUAUUAAUUAAUACAAAAAAUAUUCUAACAACUUCAAUCUUUAUAAAUAACAUAUAACAUAUGUAUAUAUUGAUAUAUGUGGCUAUAAUCAAACUAGCAAAUCAAUAUAUAUAUAUAUAUAUAUUUCAUAGUAUACAUCAAUUAUUCUUUAAUAUCUUCAUUAUUUGGCAAAAUUUUAUAUACAGCUAACUAACUCUUAUUCAAAUAUAUUAUAUUUCCAAAGAAACUAGUAGAUUGCAAUUGCGACUAAGACACAUUUCAAUUUUACUUGUUAUACAACUUCGAAGUUUUGCAAAAAAACUGAUUAAAUAUUAUUAUUAGAAUUCACCUAAAAUUUAGCGUUUAAUUACAGAAAAUUUCCUUAUCAAGAACGAAAAAAUAUAACUAAAAUAAGUUAACCUUUGGGUCAAAAUAAUAUAUAAUUCAGAAAAUUUGUUGACAAAUUAAGAGAACGGUAAAUUUAAGUUCUUAACAAAAUAUUGAAUUACAAAAGUCAAAGAAAAAAAAUUAAAAGGAAAGUAUAUUAUGCUUAAUAAACAGUCAUAAAUGCAAUAAACAAACAAAGCCAACAACUUCCAUAAUCUAGAACUCUAUCCAAUGGUUAACAAUUAAACUAGGUAACUAUGCAUUACAUCUAGCACAUACUUCAACCUAUGCUUUUAAUUAAUAGAACUAUAAUUCUCUCUCAACUCUUCAAAUUCCUUCACCUUGGUCUGAACUAAGAUUAAUCUAAUCUAUCACAGUCAUAGGGAAAAAGGGUUUUUAAUUCCUAAAGUAUUUUAAAUUAGCACUUUUAAUACCCAACUACAACUUAUGCAGAUUUAUUCCCAAAGUUAUUAUUAAUUAUGCAAAAUUAAACUUUAAUACAUUAGACGUUAACUCAUCAUUAGAGGCGUUAAUUAUAAUUAUAAAAAGGAGAAAGGGAACGACUUUUGCUUUCAAAACUCAAGAACCCUAAAAUUGAUUUUCUCAGAGAAAUUUCGAAUCAGAUUAUAUAUGUAUAUUAGUUAGGCAUCUUUUGUUUGAUUUACCUUGUGCUUUUGAAAAUGGUAUCUACUGUUCAAUUGUUCAUAAUGAUUAUUGAAAUAUUUAAGCUCAUCUACCCAUGAGCACAUUAUCUCCUCCUCAAACUCAUGUUGAUUGUCUCCUGCAUAUUCAUUGUCAUGUGUUCUUCCCUUUUAAAUUCUUUAUUUUUUCUUGGGUAUUAUUUUAACUCUGAUUAUUUAUAGACGUCUUUUGGAUACAUAAAUUCAGUUUUGGUAAAAUCUAAUCGAGAUUUGACACACAUAUAUCAUCAGUACUUUAACAUGAAAGUAGCAAGUGAAUGUUGUUAUUAAUCAUACAUGAAGAGAAGAAAAAUAUCCAAGGAGCAUAAAAAUUGAAGUACAUAGAUUACUUUUAUUACAAGACAUCAAAGAAACUACAAAUCAUGGUCCCUUCUCGUAAAAGCUAACUCUCCAAGUCUCUUGACUGAGCAUGAGGGUCUUCUUUCAUUUCUAUCCACUUCUCUUUUCAGAUAGCUGCACCUGAAAUACCAGCGAGACAUUAAUGCGUCCUUCACAUCUCUACACAGAUAGACGAUAUUGCAAGGGGAGUCGUUGAUUGUUUCUUGCAGCAAAAGCAACAGCAUGUGAAUGGAGAACAUCCUCCUCGGUGAUGAUGACAAGUUGGUAUUCUUCAUGUCUGGUGUUUGGCUAUACUAGAGCAUGUGUAUUAUUGGAUAGCAAAGGAUGAUCAUCAAUGUAAUAAGAACAAGGGUGUUUGGAUCUCUCGAAGAGGGAAACUGUGAGAACCUUGAGCCAAGUUGCGCCUGAUUUGGAGAAUGAAGUAAAGGUAAUACCAUUAAAAUUAUUAUAUUUAGAGUUAAUUGACUUAAUUGGUUUUUGAGUUAAAGAAAAAUUCAAAACGAAAACUAUCCAAAGAAAAAUUAAUCCACUAAAGAAACAAUAAUGUGGUUUCGAAAGUCAUGUAGAAACCAGAAACAAUGCAAACCCAAACAUAAAUACUGUAAACCAAAAAUCUAAAAACAGAGUAAAUCGUUUUCUUCAUAAAACUGAGUUAACAAAAUAAUCUCAAGUGAAAUGUGAAGAACACAAACUAGGAAGAGAAGCCAAAUCCUCCUUGUGAUGCUUGAGAAGGUUGAGAAGUUUGAGAAGCUCCAAAUGACGAAGACUCUCCCUACAACAAACAAUCAAAGUUUUACACGA